AUGGCACCACCCAGGGCUCCUCUUGCGAAAAGUGAGUCGAAAGUACGCUUCUUCGAGAGGCUCAGUCUCGACGAACGAUAUGAACAGCAUCGGCUGGUAUACGCGACUAUGAAGCGAGAAGCAGUGCGAGGUCGCGAAAGAUUAGCUGCAAAAACAGAGUCGCUAGCACCUCAAUUUCAGGAUGAUCCGACAGUUGAGCCACCAUACAGCAGUUCUCAAAUCAGUGAGACUGCCAUCCAUCGGCAGAUCCUGUCAAUCUAUGCCGAAGCGCGCCCCGAAACAAAGGUCAUCUACGACCUUGGGCGCGACACUGCCGGCACUGAGGAGGAUAACUGGGUCAUCAGAUGGAUGCUUUGGCAUGUAUUUCGCUAUCGCGACAAACGCAACAAGAACCGACAGCCGGCAUGGGUUGGCGAUGAGCUUGACUUUGAUGGGAACAUGGCUCCCGAUGAUAGCUCUGGUGCUUCAAGGAGUGGUGAAGCAUCCAAGCUGCUUUCCAUCGCGGAGGAUGCAAAUGGAUCCACGUUGUCGCUUGGUCUUGUCCUUCCCCGGUCGACCGAUGCAUGGACUCGAUCGAUCGCCAAAGGAUAUGCCUGCAUUGACGAUCGACAACCCACUAGCACGCGCUGGUACACUGAACGAACUCUGGUGGCCGCCGGCGGCCUUGAAGACCUGAGCUGCGCACACUUAAUGAACGUUACCAUCUUCAUGAGCGCGCUGAACGUCUCCCAAGGACUCUCAAAGCCUCGCUUAGAAGAGCAGCACGCGGCGCUGGACGAGUCCUUGUUUGGAUCCGUCAUCGGUCCGUUGUCUGAUCUCUUCGUGCGACAUCGUGCACACCUGGACUAUGGCAUUUCACUUCCACACCGGCAUCAAACCCUUCCACCCAAACAUGUGAUGGUCCAUCGUCAGGAUCACACCGGCCGUGACAUAUGUCGUCCUGAAAGUCUGCCGACGUCCCACGCUGGAAUCUGCCCUCGCUCAUACUACCUACACGAAGGUCGAUUCAUGCCCUUCGGAUACUCUUCGACGCACAUUCCAGAGCCGCCCCCAGCAUUCCUUCUAGAGCUCGGAGAAUUCCUCCGUGCAAACAGCCUGGACAACAUCCUCGCUGUUCGUUCCGUCACCGCAGAGGAUUCGCUGUGGCUCGAAACAAUGUCGCCAGACCUGAGCGGUACGAUCUCGGUACGGCGCUCUGGAGAGCAGGCUCUUCCGGCAGGAAUACACUGUGACUGA